AUGGAAACCGUUUCAACUUUCGAAAUGUUACCCGAUGAAAUGAUAUUACAUGUAUGUCAGCAUCUUCGUGGUGGCGAAAUUCUCUAUUCAUUUUUCAAUCUUAACUCUCGCCUUAAUUCGACAAUAACGAACUUCUGUCACCAUGUAAAUCUCCAGUAUACUACAUAUAAAGAGUUCAAGUUUGUUGCGCUGCAAAUCGUUCCUCAAAUUGGUGGAUCAAUAAGAUCAUUCGUUUUUAAUGCGCGAUGGGAAAAUAUUAUGUUCAACGCGGAAUCUUCUAUAUUUUCUCGUCUAAAAUUAUCUCUUAUAUUUCCACAAUUGCACACAUUGAUAAUGACGGGGUUUGUUGGUGCGCAAUUAAAUUUAUUUCUUGACAAAAUUACAGAUUUUUUCCAACUGAUUAAACUCGAUAUUAGAAAUUGUCAAUUUGACAAUUCAACGGAUUCACUCAAAAAAAUUCUCACUGCGAAUAAUAAUCGACUGACAUGCAUAUUGUUUGAUGAUGAUUCAACAGAAUUCGUGCUGACUUCAACUAACGACGAGGAAACUGUCUCCUAUCCAAAUAUCAAGGAGUUAGGAAUGAGUUUAAAAACAGAUAAAACCUUAGGAUCUUUAUUCAUACUUGUACCAAAUAUUACUCGUUUACAUGUGGACGUCGAAGAAUCAUCAUCCACAUUAAUGAAAACAUUAGAAAAUAUACCAAUUCUUGUUCAUCUAAAAUAUUUUCGGUUGUGCUCAUUUGAUACACAGUGGUCAUUAGAUGAAAUUACUCAUAUAUUGAGUAAGAUGCCCUUUUUACAGCGAUUAACAUUGAACGUUUCUACAGAAGAUAAACAUUUUAUUAAUGGAGAGAAAUUCACUCAAGGUCUUCCUUUAUCACUUGUCGAGAUCCAUUUAUUCAUUACGUAUUACUUACCUAAAUCUGAUAAUGAAACAGAUACUAUACUUUCGGCAUGGCCUUCUUAUAUACGAAUAGUUCGUUUGCUACAUGAAUCGAAUCGAUAUGGGGUAAUUCACACAGUUCCUUGUGAUCUAUCUUCGAUGUUCAUACCAGCUUAUGAGGCCAGCAGUAUCAUGACUAACUCGAAAUACACACGAAAUGUUAAACACUUAAACAUUUUCGGUAAACAAUUUUUACUCGAUAUAUAUCUGAUCGUGCAGCAUUUUCAUCAACUGCGAACACUCACCAUUGGCCCUUCAUACAAGUUAAAAGCCAGUAUGUUAUUUGUUAGGGAUCCCUAG